AUGAACCUUCAACCCAGCAGAGUCAACCAACACAAACCUUCAGGGACCACUGUGCUAGUCCCCGACCCUUCAAACCCAUUGUCGGAUGAUGCUCCAGCUCCUGGUCCAGCCUCGGACAUUGCUGUGAACGAUACUGAACCUACUGCAGCGGCAACAUCUGCUCCUGGCAUGGUAGCAACCCAGAAGCCGACGACUUCUCAUCCACCAUCUCCUGUUACAUCUCCACCCACAGUACAUACAUCCACUGAACCUUCUACAUCUGCAGUAAGUCCUACCGCUGCUACUAAACCAUCAGGAACACUACUUCCAAGACCCACAUCUCCUGGUAUGUACUCAUCUGACUCAUCAGAUGAGGAUGUCUCUGUGGGAACGACAUCUCCACCUUCACAGAAAUACAACUAUUCAUCUGUCGAUUUUCUUUGUGACGCUAUUGAUCCCACAGCAAUGUCAACACGAAGUCGGACCGCCAAGAAAGACAAGCCGAAAACAAAGACCAAAGAGCAGACCUUGCUCCCACCAUCAAGAAAGAAGUAA